AUGAAUCCGCCCAAACUCCGAAGUCGGCGCCACUGCAACACGGGCCCUGCAAACCAGCAGCAGCAGCAGCAGCAGCAGCAGCACAUGUGUCAGCAGCAGCAGCAGCAGGGGCGGGAGCCGUGGAGGCUCAUCUGGCACAUAUGCGGGCUCGGCGCGCCGCAGAUCGUUUCCGCCGCGCCCCCCGCAGCUCCCACCUCCGCCCCAGCCCCCGCAGCAGCAGCAGCAGCAGCAACAGCAGCAGCAGCAGCAACAGCAGCACCAGAAGCACCCCCGAAUCAGCGUCAGCAGCACCACCCGCCCACCCCCACCCGCAUCAGCAGCACCCCCCGCACCAGAGCCACCCCCGAAUCCGCGUCAGCAGCAGCACCCCCCCCGCAGCAGCAGCAGCAGCCGCAGCAGCAGCAGCAGCAGCAGCAGCAGCAGCACGGACCCGUCUCCGGACAUGGUGACGACGCCCACGGCGUUGUCUCUGUGGGCGUUCAGCUUCGCGUUGGCCAACAGACUCAGCGCGUCGAGCUGCGCAGCGAGCCGCGAGGGCUGCAGGUCUGCGUCGCGGCUCAGCAACCGCGGCAAAAGCAGCAGCAGCAACAACGGCAGCAGCAGGACGCCAUCGCCGCAAACUCCCCUGCUGCAGCAGCAGCAGCAGCAGACCCCUUCAGCUGGCACCCGCACCCCCAGCAGCAGCAGCACCGCCGGCGGCAGCAGCGGCAGCAGCAGCGGCGAGACGCGCACGCCCGCGACUCUCCUUCCCAAACGCCUAGCCAGCCACCCGCGACGGGCAAACUCGAAACCAACGAACACAGGCGACUCUAA